CUCAACUCUGCUCUACCCACGUAACACGGUCUCGCCUAUCGUGCCGCGCCGCCAUGGCAACUUUCUUGGGUAGCUCCCCGGCCUUCCUCACCAGGCCCGCCGCCAAACCGCAAGUCUCGUGCGCGCCGCCCUCGCGCCCGCCCAGCGCCCAGCCACCGUCCGAGCAGCCUCCGUCGCCACCACCGCAGCAACAAGCCAUGCAGGCCGAGACGCAGCCGCAGCCGCAGGCUGUGCCGUCGAGGGCGCCGAAGCGCGCAGCGACGUCCGCGGACUCCACGGACUGGGUGGCGUCCUCACUGACGCGGCGGUUCGGCAUCGGCGCCGGGCUGGCGUGGGUCGGGUUCCUGGCCUUCGGCGUGGUGUCGGAGCAGCUCAAGACCCGCUUCGAGGUCGCGCAGCAGCAGGCCAACACCAAGGAUGUGGAGGAGGAGAAGGAGGUCGUCCUGCCCAAUGGAAUCCGGUACACCGAGCUGCGGGUGGGCGGCGGCGACGUUGCGCGGCCGGGCGACCUGGUGGUGAUCGACCUGCAGGGGCGGGUGGCCGGCGGCGAGGCGUUCGUCGACACCUUCGGCGACGGGAAGCGGCCGCUGGCGCUCGUCAUGGGAUCCAGGCCCUACACCCGGGGGAUGUGCGAGGGCAUCGAGUACGUGCUGCGGUCCAUGAGGAACGGCGGCAAGCGGCGGGUGGUCAUCCCGGCGAGCCUGGGCUUCGGCGAGGACGGUGCAGACUUCGGGGAAGAGCACGUGCAGGUGCCUCCCGGGGCGACGCUGGAGUACGUCGUGCAGGUCGACAAGGUGUCCAUCGCGCCGGCGUGAAGCAUGUCUCCGUCGUAGUAGGUAGAUGAUCAAAUUGUGACGCAAAGAGGGGAAACCAUCAGAGUUCAUAUCCUAUCGCGUCCCUCUCCCAUGUGAUUAUGUGAACUAAUACCGAAACUGCGUUCGCACAGUUGGGACUUGGGAGAACCAGCAGAUUCAAUCUUGAUAAAAUUGAAAUUACUUAUGAAAA